AUGAAAGUUUUCCUCUUUCAUUUUACCGCUUUUAAUGUCAUGUCAACUCUCUUCUUUUUUUAUAUAUCUCUCUUUCUUUGUCUCCUUAUAAUUUCCUUCAUAUUCUUCAUUCACUUUCUUUUUCAAUCGACCUUUUUUAAUACGAGCCGCUUUUCAUCCCAUUACUUUCCACGUUCUUCGACUUCUGUUUGCGUGUCUUUCUUGCCGUUAUUUUAUUUCAUUCAUUCUUUCUUUUGUUGUCUUUUUUUCUUUCUUUUCUCAUUUUCGUUCUCCCUUUCUCUUUUCAUUUUACGUUUCCACUGUCAUUUUUUUUAUUCAUUCUUUAUUUUCUUGCAUUAUUGCGUUUCUUUCUUUCUUUCUUUCUUUCUUUCUUUCUUUCUUUCUUUCUUUCUUUCUUUCUUUCUUUCUCAUCUAUUCGCCUUCUUUUAUUUUAAUUUUUUUACUUGUUUCAAUUUUGUUUUUCUUUCCCUUUUUUCUCCCCCUUUCUGUGUAUUUCUGUUCAUUUUUUUUACCUCUAUCUCUUUGUUUCGUUCAUUUCGUCUGUUGUUUUCAUUUUUUACAUUGUCUCUACUAUUUCGAUUUUUAUUUUACGCUAUUCAUUCAUUCACCCUCUUUCUUUCUCUUUCUCUCUUAUCAAAAUAA